AUCGGACUUUUCACUCGACUCCAACCAAAGCUCAAUAAAAAUAGGCCAGGUCUCGAUAGAAGUGACUUAGUGUAUUGUGUACGAGGAUGCCACCAAAGAGAAGACAUACUGCAGAGCCCAACCAGUCUAAGAAGGCCAAGGUUCCUCAGAGAAGCAGGGAGGACUUAGAAGCUUUUUAUGCUUCGACCUUAGACUUGAUCUACGAAUUGAAGGAUGACGAAGAUGGAAGACAAUUGGUAUCAGUUUUUCAGAAGAUUCCAUCGAAAAAACAGUAUCCUGAUUAUUUUGAGAUAAUUGCCAAUCCAAUAUCAAUUUCUGAAAUUCAAAAGAAGGUUUCCAAAGGCCAGUAUUCUACAGAGAGUGCCGAUGAAUUUUUGAAAGAUUUUGAACUCAUGCAUAAUAAUGCAGCUACCUAUAACGAUCCUGAAUCUUGGAUUGUGAAUGAUGCUAAAAGAAUACUUGAUCUUGUUAAUGAAGAGUACGAUAAAUUGAAUAACGAAAGUCAAUCUACUGCUGAGAUCACUCCAGAGCAGGUUCCACAAGCUGCAACCGAUCUUAUUAAUGAUGUCAUCGAGCACGAGUUCCCUGAUUUGGGAGCAAUAAGUGAUCCUUUCAUGGAUGUUGUUGAUAGGAAGGAAUAUCCAGACUAUUUCCAGGUUAUUCAACAUCCUACUUCGUUCAAUCAAGUUCUUGCAGACAUCAAGUCCAAGAAGCUUUUCUCUGGCUCUGACUCAAUUGCUAACGAAUUGGAGGAUUUCCACCGCGAAGUAAACUACAUUUUCCAAAAUGCUCAGUUAUAUAAUGAUCCUGAAUCUUUACUUCACCAGGAUUCCUUGAAAUUACAGGAAUACUUCAACAAUAGAUUCGAAGAUUUCAAAUCAAGUGUUAAAACUUCAAAACCAUCUUCAAAGAAAGAAGGUGGUCCAAAACUCAAGCUCAGUUUAAAAUUGAAACCAACAGAAAAAGAUGAAUCGGAAACUCCUGAACCAUCUAAAAAUGUUGUUUCUACAAUCAAAAGAAAUGCUCUAGGUAAAAUUGAUAAAUCACCAAUACCAAGUGAAGCCUUCAUACAGGGUAUAAGUGUUUCAUCGGCUUCUUCAACCGUGACAAGUGUGAUUCAAAACUCUCAUAAUCACAACUACUUACCUCAACAAUUAACCCAAUCCCAAAAACUCAAAUCUUUUUUAUUUCCUGAUCAUCCUCUUGGAACUAGCUCUUCUCUUUUUGAAUAUCAUUUUGCUCCUGCUGGUUAUAUGUCACAAUCUUAUACGAUCAGUUUACCCCCAGAUACUAACUCCUUGAUAACAUUGAAAGUUGCUUUGCACUCUUUGAUUCACGAUAUCAAAAGAGAUAGUAUAGAGGAUGGCCAGCUUCUAAUGAACCUGGGAUCAGAUGAUGAUUUCAAUUUCAAAUUGUCGGUCAAUGAUGAUGAAGUUAGUAGCGGUGGUGAAGUGAUUGAAGAAAGAGACACCGAUGAAGAUAUCUUAUCGGCUCACUAUGAUCUCAAAUUAAGUCAUGGUCUUAAUGUCCUUGACUUUGAAUUAAAAGUUGCGCCAGCCAUAGCUAAAAGAUUAAAGAAAACUACCGCAGAAUCAGAAGUCGAAGAAAAUUUAGGUAGACAUACUAGACACCAACUCCAACAAUUAAAAAUGAAUUGGGAUGUUGAAAAAUUCACAAUCUAUGUUAUUUGUAACAGUGUAUAA